AUGGUAAAAGUCUUUGAUUGGCUUCGAGAAAAAGGCGUAAAGAAGAUACUUUCAAUCAUUGUUAUAGACAGUACUGAACCAUCGCACUCAGAUGGCGCCAUCGAAGCGGCGCUGGGGAUAACCCCAAGCAAGAUGUUCGGCAUUGAGACGUGGGAUUGGAAGAAAUUAGACAUCAACUGCGAUGUCAUUUCACGCUGUGCCCCGAACGUGAAGGAAGUCUCCCUCUAUUCUUCGGGAAACAAUGCGGUUUUAAUGGGCUGGUCAAGCGGAAGCGGAUUGCUUAACAAAUACAAAUUUCCUCUGCUCGAGAAGGUGAAUUUAAUUUAUCAAGAGGGCCUAGAAGACGAGAGCAAGUUGUCAUCAUAUGUCGACGAAUUUAGAAGACGGGUUAAGUCCCUUCCUAAUACAGUCGGAAAACCAGUGACUGUGCAAGCAGGACCAGAUAAAAAAGAGAAAAGCUUUAUGGAAGGCUUCCAACAAGGAAAUAGUGCAAUCAAGCCUGCCGAAAGGCAACAUAAGUGGUUAGAUAGUUCAGACAACUUCCGCAAAAUCUUGCACGGUAUCGACGAUGAAGCGACCGAAGUGCGUCCUGUUAAAAUCGCCAUCAUCGACAAUGGUGUAGAUGCUGCGUUGAGUAUCCUUAAUGGGAAAAUUGCAAAUGGGGCUUCAUUUUUCCCCAACAAGAACAUAAAUACGGGAAACGACAUGGAUCAUUACUACCCUUAUUACGUGGCAUCGAACACACUGAAUCACGGCUCUCUGGUGGCAACGCUCGUUUGCAAAAUGUGUCCAAAAGUCAAACUCUACAUCUGUCGGUUAGACGAGAAAAUGUCACGUAUGGGAGAAAGUAGAUACCUUACAAUGGAAUCUGCAACCGAAGCGGUGAAAUGGGCCACGGGGCAGGGGGUGGAUGUCAUAUGCAUGAGUUGA